AGAAAUCGCCGUCGCAUCGGUGCCGUCUAGAUCUCGCAGACUACUCCAAUCAUGCCCCUGUUGCUAAUUAUCCCCUUCGCGGAGAUCAGCGCCUAAUCUGCCCUCCUCGUCUUGUACACCAGAUCACGCUGCCUGGCAUCUAUCUUCUCUCUCGCUCUGUCCAUUUCCUAUUACAGCUCGCGUUCCUCGCUGAUUCACGAAUUCCUCUCGUUGUUCGCAAUUGUGGUGAGAGCCUUCGCCAUAGCCAUCGAACCGAGGAGCCCGAGAAGAACACCAAUCUUCUGCCGGAGCUUCUGUUGCUGCUGGACGUGCUACUAGUUUUGUUGCCGUGUUUCGAGGAGGAGCGGGUGAGCUCCGCACGUGGAGCGCUCGAUGUUGCGAGUGCUGGUUGUCGUUUCGGUGGUUGUGGUUGUUGAUGAGCUGAGGUGAUCGGUGAUCGGUUUUGCGAAGCGUGGAGUUGUCAGAUUUGGGUUAUCUCUUGUUGAUGUUUUGUACGUGUUUCGCAUACGGUAGACGAUAAAAAAAGAAAGAAAAACAUGGAGCAGAAGACGGUGACGCUUAACAGUGGGCACAAGAUGCCCAUGGUAGGUUUGGGUGUCUGGCGUGCUGACCCUGGGGUCAUCCACAACGUCAUCUUGGAGGCUAUAAAGAUUGGCUACCGUCAUCUUGAUUGUGCAGCUGACUACGGCAAUGAGAAGGAGGUCGGAGCAGCUCUUGCUGAUGCCUUCAAACAGGGCUUGGUCAAGCGCGAGGAAAUGUUUAUCACUACCAAGCUCUGGAAUAGUGACCACGGCCAUGUGAGGGAAGCAUGUGAAGAUAGUUUAAAGAACCUUCAGCUCGAUUACUUAGACCUGUACCUGGUUCACUUUCCUGUUGCAACUCGCCAUACAGGUGUGGGUACCACCUCAAGUGCACUAGGUGACGAUGGAGUCCUGGAUAUUGAUGUGACUAUUUCGAAUGAAACCACGUGGCACGCGAUGGAGGAUCUUGUGUCUGCUGGACUUGUCAAGAGCAUUGGUAUCAGUAACUUCGACAUCUUCUUGACACGAGAUUGCCUCGCAUACUCCAAGAUCAAGCCAGCGGUGAACCAGAUCGAGACCCACCCUUACUUCCAACGUGACUCUCUCGUAAAAUUCUGUUUCAAGCAUGGAAUCUCAAUCACCGCGCACACACCAUUGGGUGGUGGAGCCUCUAACGUGGAAUGGUUCGGCUCCACCUCUGCACUGGAGGACCCUGUCUUGAAGGACAUUGGAAAGAAGUAUAAUAAAACGGCUGCUCAAAUUGCAUUGCGGUGGGGAAUUCAGCGCAAUACUGUGGUGAUCCCCAAGUCGAACAAAGUCGAGAGACUCAAGGAGAAUUUCGACGUUUACGACUUCCAGUUAUCGGAGGACGAUAUGAAGACCAUCAGCUCUCUCGACAAGAAGAUGCGCACUAACCAGCCGGCAUGUUUUUGGAAGAUUGACUUGUUCGCUUAGAGGCCAAUGAUUUGGGAGAAAUCUAGUCAACUCAUAAGGUGAUUUACACCUAAUCACAUCGUUUACGGACAUAGGAUGUAUACAUAGGAUGCUGAACGUACACCGCCGGCAGUGACCUCAACUGGCACAAUAUCCAGUAUGUAAAUUUUGCUACUUCAGAAUGUGAUGUUUACUGCGAUGCUGUCCUCAUGUCUUACUCUCUUGCCUGAGGAUCGUAAAAGGAUUUAGGAAGUAUGCAUUACAAACAUGUAUCGUCAAGUUGCCUUACAUUGGUAGUAAAGACGAUCCGACACUUUUCACAUUUC